AUGCCACUGUUCGGAAAGUCCCAGAAAAGCCCACAGGAGCUGGUGAAGGCGCUCAAGGAGGCAGUUAAUUCGCUGGAGCGUGGUGACAAGAAGGCGGAAAAGGCACAGGAGGAUGUCAGUAAGAAUUUGGUAUUGAUCAAAAACAUGCUAUACGGUACAUCCGAUGCCGAACCGCAAACCGAAAUAGUCGUUUCCCAGCUGGCCCACGAGCUGUACAGCACCAAUCUACUACUGCUGCUAAUACAGAACCUAAAUCGCAUCGACUUCGAGGGUAAAAAGGACGUGGCACAAAUCUUCAACAAUGUGCUCAGGCGACAGAUCGGAACACGCUCGCCAACGGUAGAAUACAUCUGCACAAAGCCAGAAAUAUUAUUCACCUUGAUGGCUGGCUAUGAACAUCAGGAAAUCGCACUCAACUGUGGUACGAUGUUGCGGGAGUGUGCGCGUUACGAGGCGCUUGCCAAAAUAAUGCUACACUCGGACGAGUUUUUCAACUUCUUUCGCUACGUCGAGGUGUCCACGUUCGACAUUGCGUCCGAUGCAUUUUCCACGUUUAAGGAGCUGCUCACCCGGCACAAAAUUUUGUGCGCCGAAUUUCUCGAACAGAACUACGACAAGGUGUUCAACCAUUACGAGCAUCUGCUCAACUCGGAAAACUACGUUACGCGGCGCCAGAGCCUUAAGCUGCUCGGCGAACUUUUGCUCGAUCGGCAUAACUUCACGGUGAUGACGAAGUACAUCUCCAAUCCAGACAACCUGAAACUAAUGAUGAACAUGCUCAAGGAAAAAUCGCGCAAUAUUCAGUUUGAAGCGUUCCACGUGUUCAAAGUGUUCGUCGCGAAUCCCAACAAACCAAAACCGAUCCUCGAUAUACUGCUGCGCAACCAGGAAAAGCUCGUCGAUUUCUUGACCCGCUUCCACACGGACCGCUCGGAGGAUGAGCAGUUUAACGACGAGAAGGCUUACCUGAUCAAGCAGAUCAAGGAGCUGAAACCGGCCCCGGAUCAAUAGUCGUGCGUUGCCGCUAUCGUUGCCACCACCACCACCCCCUCGAACACCACCAGCAACACCAUCGU